AUGAAUCUGAAGGACAUGAUGGGGCCGCAGCAUCCCGCGCCCCCCGCACGCAAGAAACCACAGGAAGCGAGUGGCCCCAAGUUCGCUGCGCUCCAGUCCCUCUGCGGCUUGGCAGUCAGCCCGCGCCCCCCGCCCCGGAACGCCUCAGAGCGGGUGCCGGACGGGCCUCCCCUCUCGCCGGGCCGCGCUCCCGGCCCCGCGCAGACGCCCCCCUGCCCUCCCGCGCCCGGCGACGCGGCGCCCAGGCACCUACCUGCAGGCGGGGCGGCCGGGGUCCCUGCGCGCUGCUGCUCGGCGGCCGCGCGGGCUCUGGCGGGGCUCCGCGCCGGCCAGGGGGCGCUCGUCACCCCGCCGCCCGAGCGCCCGAGCGGACUCCGCGGACGCCCGCCCAGGAGCCCGCGCCCGGAGCCGCGUCCCCUCCCACCGCGGCCGCGCUCCUCCCCCGCGCAGCCCGCGCGGCUGCCGCUGGGCCCCGGGGACGACCCUCCGCGUACCCCCGCCCCGGGGAGGCGGAAGGUCGCCGGAAGGGGCGCCGCGCACCAGCCGCGGGCCGGGCUCGCGGGGCUUCUGCGCCUUCCCAAACUGAAAAUCGAAAACGAUCCUUCCGAAGGGAAAGGAUCAAGGUCGUUCGUUUCUGCCCUAAAGUUUCCUGGAAUGAUGCUGAAUUCAUACUGUGGUAUAGCCAUUUCGGUCCCCCUUAACUGGAACAGACAUGAUUCCUGCUUUGGAUCCAGAGCUAAGAAAUAAACGACUUCAAGAAUCUUAUCUCUGGAGAGAUGACAAUCCAUCUUCCUUCAACCGGGAAUUUGCAAGAAGGAGCCUGAGACAUCAUCACCUUCCUUUUAUUUUGGACCUAGCUGGCGAUUAUCUUCUGUCUCCAGAAGAGACCACGUCCUGCAUCUGUGAGGUUCACCUUCGAUAAAGGAUUUAGGAUAGAAAUUAAAGAGAUGAUGUUCUUAUUAUGAGCCUCAAAUCGGAGGAAGAUGGUAUUUGGGGAGAAGUGGGACAUGACAGACAGACCGUUUGAACAAAGGAUUAUUUAACAAGGACACUUCUGUCUCUGCAGUAAGUCACCACUCAGAGGGAAACCAGUUUGGACAAUUUCAUGAGGAGUUGGCUCUCCCCCUGUCACUUUCCGAAAGGCCUGGCAAAGACUGUUUUUAAAGGAGUCAGCCUGAAUCCCCAGAAGAAUGGCAUGGAAUUAGAAGACAAUGAUCUGCCAUUACCAAGACCAGAGAAACAUGUGGAGUCUAGUGUAAAUUUAUUCAGAAAAUGUAAAAAUUAUUCUAGGAGCUAUAGGUGAAAGUGACAGACAUGCAGAUGAAAAACAGGUAUUUUAAAUUCACAGCUGGGACAAGGGAAAGGGAGAUUUUUUUUUUUUUUCCUAUCCAGUCUAACUUUAUGCAUUCAAAUGGGAAAAAGGAUAAUUAGAAGUUAGAAAUUGUUAUUGCAAGAAGAGAGCUCUAAACACUGAAACCAAACUCACUCUCCCUUAGGGACUAAAUAAACCUUGAUUUCUAUUGGUAAGAAGAUUGAUACCAAUUCUUCCAAAUCAGGAGGGGGAAUGAUGAAUACUGAUUUUUAUCUUGAGUUAAAAGAGGAACAAGGUUCAUAAUGUGAUGUUUUUGAAAGUCCCGUCAUUGUUAUGUAUGCUUAGUAAAGUUAAGCUGGUUUUAAAAUCUUAGACAAGGUAUGGGAGGUAGGUAUAAUAUCUUCAUUUACAAAAAGGAGGAUGAGUGACCUCAUAGUAACUAAUAUUUAUUGUGCAUUUAUAACAUGUGCCGGGACAAGGUGUGCAACAUUAUUUAUUUCAUUUGAUUGUUACAGUAACUCCCCCGAGAUGGGGAAUAUCCUCUUCAUUUUAUAGAUGUAAGAGCUGAGCCUUAGGGAUCAAACAGGUGACUUGCCAGGCUCACUGAGCCAGUAAGUAAUGGAGUAUGCUUGACUCCUAGUCUGUUGAGCCCCAAAUGUAUGACUUUUAUCAUUAUAUACACAGAAACAAGAGCUGAAACUAUAGUCUGAUUCUUGAAACAGUAAAGGAAAUGUGUAUGGUUACAGAUGUCCUAGUUAACAUGGUAUUCUAAAGGGAAUUAACAUAUGUAUACAUGGCCAAUUUAUAAAUUAUAAUGUAUCAAAAUACCCACUUAACAAGGCAGCCAUAGAAAAUAAAGCAAGAAUUCAAUCUUUAAUGUUGUAGAACAUGUAGAGGUCAUUUUUUUCUUGAACAUCAACUAUUCUUAUAUUACAGAAGAACGAAAUUGAGCAUGAUAGUAUUUCUUCUUCACCACCCCCAAACCGUUUUCGUUUUAAGGUAGCGGAGUUAUAAAAACACUAUAUUACUGUCUUGUUUUAGUUGUGGCUUCUGAAAUACUAUAGCACUGAUUUUUUUUUUAAAGUCGUCACUGCUAACAGAGACUCUAAUUGCAACAUAAGUAUCUGAAUCAUGUAGCAAAUAGUAACAUUUUCAAUGUUGUUAUAGCAGAGAUACAAGUUAACACAAUAAACUUCUGGUGUGUUUGUGAGGUCUAAGGGCAGAAUCAGGGAGGAAGGAAAGGUACAGUAUUUCUAAGGAUCCACAGAUACAAUUCUGGAUUUGGUGAGUCCAAGGAUAUCAGCAUAAUGAGGACGGCCCAAAUGCAUAUAAAAUUUUGUCUGAAACUAAAGAGUUAUUGACUAGAUAGAAUUCUCUACAGAGACCCCCUUUUUAGUGAUUCUCUACCACUGAAAAGCAAAGCAACCUGAAAGUCCAAAAGCCUGAACAUUUGAUGAGAAAUUCUCCACAGGGAGGACCAAUAAAUCUGAGAACUAAUCUGUGAAUCCCAGAGGAAGAAAUCGAGAUGAACCCUGUCAUUUAUGAAUUUGGUUAUUAUAAUUCUACAAUUUGUCAUAAUGCAGUUGCCUAGGAUGUUAAAAAUCUAUCAGUGAAGGCACAUUACUUUAGAUUAAACCACUUUAUUCUCUCAAUCCUUUUUUUUAAAAAGCAAAUACCACACCUGCCCUUCACUACUCUCUUCUUCAUCCACACCCUCAAAUACACACCACUGAUGGUUUUAUUUUGACAUUACACACACACACACACACACACACACACACAAUUUAUGUUGUACUAAAUGAGAUAGCCAGGUUUAUUCCAGCUUUAAAAUUCUGAAAAUAAAUGCCAAUUAAAAGAAAGUUCUGAUUGUCAGUGAUGGGGAAUGUGAUAUAAUUUGCUCCUAGUACGCAUUCUAUUUAAAUAUAUUCACUAGAAUAAAAAAUUAAAAUACUGUCAAGGAAGUCAUACACUGAUAGCACAGGAAACACCGAAAAUCAUUACUUUCUUCUUUGUGCAUAACUGUCCUCCCUACAUCAGAGUCUCAACUGUUCACUUUCAAGUAUAAAUUUUAUGAAACAGAAAUUUAAGUAAUUUUUUUCUCACUGGUUAGAACAGUGGCCUAAUGAGAUUAAAUUGACCAUAUUUAGCUGUUGUGUGAGUCAGUUCAAGGUGCUAUGUUGCACCGUCACACAUCAUCCUCCAGCCCAGCCAUCUCACCCCUGAAAUGUUUGGUUUUAACCCCAAAUGGCAACCCUCAAGACUGGUUAUUUUUUUUACACUUAUAUUGGCUCAUAAGUUGUAAGUAGAUCCAAAGCUGACAUUUUCUUCUUCUUUUUCUUUUUCUGCUUGUUACUCGACAGAGUCAGCAAAUAAAAGAAGUAAAGCACUGCAUUUGGGAUUUAACAUAUCUUUGGAGAGUGGAGGUUUUGUCUCUGUUUUACACAUGAAACACACAAACUCACAUAUACACACAGAUUGUUCAGUAUUUGAGUAAAUGUACUCUGAUGAUUAAAGAAAAACCUGUGAUCUCUAAGUAAUCAUAUCAGUAGCUUCUCUUUAUUUGUACAUUUAUGCAACAUUUAAAAUGAUGAAAAAUGGUGUUUUCACACCUCCUAUUUGAACUUGAUGGAGAUAUGCUCAGAACCAAAGCUAAGUGUAUAGAAUCAUUAUGCUGUGUACCCCAAGCUGAGGUGGCAUUCAUUGUCCACUAUAUUCCAAUAAUAAUUUUUCUUGAAAAAAUCAAAGACACGUAGUAUCUCAGAUUAGAAGAUAUGCUUAUUUUUCUAAAUAGAUGACAGAUGUCAUACAUUAUUUCAAAAUUUCAAAAUUUCAAAAAUUCUGUCCUCCAAGUGUUUGUUUUAAAAUUAGUAAAAGGGGAGGUAGUCUUAUCACAUCCUUCAGACUUCUUAGGGAGAAUUGAGUAGACGAGAUCUUUAAAGUACUUUGAUCCCCAGAAAACCUUAAGAAGAGAAUGCUGCACUUUGAAUGCUCAACUACCAUUUGUAGAGCAUUUGUACCAUGGUAUUUUACAUAAAUCACCUUGUUACACUGUUAUAACAAUCCCAUAAUAUGGGUGUUGUUAUUCAUACUUUACAGAUGAGAGCAUCGAGGUUCGGAGAGGAUAAGUAACUUACCCAGUAUCUCACAGCAAGAGUGGUUGAGCCAAAAUCAGAACUCAGGUGGGCUCAUUUGGAUCCACUAAGCUGUGUCUGGAGAAUUCUGGCCAUCAUCUACAAAGGCUAAAAAUGGGGGUCAUAAUCUACAAGAUGAUUUUUAAAAAUACUGUUUGUUAUUUUUCCUAGGAUAAAAGUCACACAUUUACUUGUAUGCACAUACACAUACACACACACCUAGAUAUUAGAGAAAGGCAAGAACAAACAAACAAAAAAAAAGGACUGCUCAUAACUCCCCAAUCCAAGACAAUGAACAUUUUGUUAUAUUUCCUUACUAUCUUUUAACUAUGUGAAAUUUGGGGAAUUAUUUUAUUUUAAAAAUAAAUUUUAUUUGUUGUCUGAUCAUAAAGUAAUGGAUAUUCAUCAGAGGUCAUUUGAAAAACAUAAAUGUGUGUAUAAAAGAAACUUUAAUUCCUUCAUAAGCUCAAAAUAUAAAGAUAACUAAUCUCUUGGUCUCUUAUUCUCGUUGUUGACUGAGGACACAAGUCUUGAGACAUAAGCUAAAACUACCUGUAUCAUGUGUGUCACUUAGAGUCAAUGAAAUCUUUUUAGUUCUUUGAUUUUUUUUCUUGAUUUGUUGAUGUUUUAUUUGUCAAGGAAUUGCAAAUAUGAUUUUUAGACAGAUGAUUGUAAUUCUCCCUUUGCUCUAAAUAAGACUGGCUACUUUACUUUUUACUAAAUGACACAAAUUAUUCCCCCCUACACAAAAUACCUUCAAGAAUGAACAAUGCCACUGUUUGAAUCUGCCCUUAUAAUUCUACAGAGUGGUUUAUUUUUUUUUUUCUUCAAAUGUGACUUGCUUUAAGCCGUGUCCCCUUCACAGUGAAAGAAAACCAACUCCCUGUUUACUAAUUGGCUCAUGCACUUUUAGCUAGAGGAGAAAGCUUUUGGUCAGGCCAAAGAAACUGAUUCUGGCGGCCAGAUUAAGUAAAUAAAUUUAGGUGUUACGUAAAUCUGGGAGGGCUGCAGAAAUGUGGAUUAAUUUUAAUCCCACUAAGAAAGUUUGUCUCUAGGCAAAAGACAAGAAAGCUGUUGCUUGAGAACUUUCAUGUCUUGUGACUUGACCUGCCAAGGGCACUUAAAAAGACUUAAAACCUUAAGAACUUAAAAAGGCUUCUGGGUGAAACACAGCAAGGUGCAGAAAAUUCUAGUUGCUAGAUGUUAUUACCCAGCUUCUACUUUUCCUGGGAACCUAGUAAAACCUCACUCAAGAAACCAAACAAGAAAUCAACUGGAACUGUUUAUACAUAGGUUCUUGAGGUUAUCGUGGCCUUCUGCAUGUACCACAGAGUGUCAAAGAACUU